UCAGUUCGUUUCUGCAUUGCUUCGAGUGUGUUUGACCGUUGAAAAUUUUUUAUCAACCGCGACAAUCAAAAAAUGUGCACACAAUCGCUACAUAUACUUAAUUAUAAUAAUUAUUCUAUAAAAUUAUAAACAAGUGAUUAUAGUUCAAAAAAAAGUUUUUCUUUACGGACAUCAACAAUAUAUAAAUGAGGGUUAAUAUUUUUGGAGGGAAAAAUGAGUAGAAUUUCAAAAAAAUAUUGAUGAAGAAAAAAGAGAAUAAUAGAAGGAGUAUGAAAGCAAUAUACUCACAGUUUACGAAAGCGAGUUGGACGAACAGGGUCUAAGAAUAUCCACGAGUAGGAUCAUUGAACCAGACACUUCCACGUGCUGUGAAGACUGAGAAAGUAAACGAGAUUCAUCGCGUUUACUUGGUGGUGAAUUAUCGUGAAAGAUCUUGAUUUUUUUUUACUUGAUUUAUAUACGGAAGGAUGUCUGACAAAAUGACCACAGACGAAGAUCGAUAUGAUAUUGAUGAUUUAGAAAUUAUAAAAACAAUUGGUACCGGGACAUUUGGAAGAGUAAUUUUGUGCAGACAUCAGGGUAUUCCUAUGGCUUUGAAGAUCCUUUCGAUGGUGGAUGUGAUUCGAUUGAAACAGGUCGAUCAUGUUCGAAACGAAAUAAAUAUUUUGAAAGAAGUAAAACAUCCCUUUAUCGUGAAUAUGUUAUGGAGCGGUAAGGACGAGGCUAGAAUAUACAUGUUAUUGGAAUUUGUUGCUGGUGGUGAACUUUUUUCGUACCUGAGAGCAGCUGGACGUUUCUCCGGAAGGACGAGUUGUUUUUAUGCUGCCGAAAUAAUUUGCGCUUUAGAUUAUCUACAUAGUAAACAUAUUGUCUAUAGGGACUUAAAACCGGAAAAUCUACUCCUAGACAUUCAGGGUCAUUUGAAAAUUACGGAUUUUGGAUUUUCAAAGAAACUUACAGACAGGACGUGGACACUUUGUGGUACACCGGAAUACUUGGCACCUGAAAUAAUUCAAAGUAAGGGUCACAAUAAGGCUGUGGAUUGGUGGGCAUUGGGGGUAUUAAUUUACGAAAUGUUAGCCGGUUUUCCUCCAUUCUACGAUGAUAAUCCUUUUGGUAUUUACGAGAAGAUUCUGAGCGGAAGGAUCGAAUGGCCAAAGCACAUGGAUCCAAUUGUCAAAGACUUAGUGAAAAAAUUAUUAGUUACCGACAGAACAAAGAGACUUGGAAACAUGAGGCAAGGUGCUGAGGAUGUCAAGAGGCAUCGAUGGUUUAAACUCGUCGACUGGACGCAGGUACCACAAAGAGCACUUACCCCUCCAAUUUGUCCAAGAUUGAAAGCACCCGAGGAUCCAAGUUGUUUUGACGAUUAUCCGGAAAUUGAUUGGCGCUCCCAACCUCCACCACCUCCGGAUCAAUUGGUUCUGUUUCAAGAUUUUUGACCCACAAUAAGUGACUAUCAUAAAUGUUCAAAACAUUUCAAUCCUGCCAUCUUUGCCUAGAAGCAAAAAAAUCAUCUCUUGUCUCGUGAUAUUACACACAGUAUCUCAUAUAUAACUUAUUGUCAGUAAGGAGACUAUAUUUACGAAAAAUCGUGCUUCCAUAAGAAAAGAAAUAUUUUUUAUAAUAUGGAACAAUUAUUUUUCUUCUCACCUAUUGUCAAUUGAAUACUAUAGACUCAAUUGUAUAUUUGGAGACAGAAAAAUUAAUAUACUCGAGAGAGGUUAGAAAACUCGAGGCUUUUUGUCGCUUUUUUUUUAAAAAUAGAGAAAAAAGUGCAAAUAGGAUUAAGGCUGUGAUUUCAAAAAUCUUGUUUGUAUGUGUCUAUAUGUGUAUAAGUGAAAAAUUUUGGAUUUAGAAAAUAUAAAUAGUACUGUUAUUUCUGUAUAUUAAAAAAAUUUACGACGACACUUUGAAAAUAUCUAAGUAAUAGCAAAGACUUACAUAUAUAAAAAUGUUUAUAGCUUAAAAUAAUUUAGUCAUUAUAUUGUAAAUGAUAUUUAUAAAACUAUAAUAUUUGUUAUUUAGUUUUAUGACCGACUUUGUUCAAGAAA